AUGCCAAAAGUUUCCAAAAAACGUCUCCAAAUGAUUCAAUUAACGGCUAAUCGUGUAAGGGCCAAAAAAAUUAGAAAAGCCACAGAUGCUCUUCAGUGUCUUGACAAAGAUUUUGAUAGCGUUCUAGAGUUUAUAUACAGUAUUAAAAAAAAAAAUAAGUUAGAAGCUUCCAUAAAAUCUAAAGAUAAACUUAUUGAACUUAUCCAAGGCUUAGACAACAAAGAGAAAGAAGACGCAUUAAAAUUGCUAAACAAUAUGAGAUAUCCACGAGGAAAAAAUGAAGGCAAAAUUAUAUCUCCAUAUUUGCAACAGCAAUUAGUUGAAGUAAUUUCUAACUUUCUUUAUUGGCCACAAGACAGCUAUUCUGCUUUAAAAGAAGAGCGUGAUCAUCUUCAGCUACAAAACAAAAAGUUAACCCGGAAAAAUGAAGCUCUUAUUAAAAAAAUAAAAUCUUUCGGGUCUCAAAAUCAUCACUUCCAACAAAAAGCAUUGC